AUGUACGCCUCCAUCAUUGCCCUCGGCUCUCUUCUGGCUGUCCAGGCUGUUGUUGCCGACAACUCCCUGCAGCUUAACCACGUCCUCAGCAAGCGCCAGGGCGACGACCAGUCUUUCGUUCCUCCCACCACCCCUGGUUGCCCAUCUGGCUGGCCGACGUGCGGGACUAGCAAUAUCUGCUACAACCCUCGCCGCGGAGACACUUGCUGUCCCGAUGGAACUUGGGCCUGUCCUGCCGGCAAUUUCUGUCUGCAGCAGGGUCUCUGCUGUCCUGAUGGCAUUGACCCCCAGACCUGCGCGGAGAACGAGGGUAUAACCCUCACCUCGUCGAGCACCAGUGAACCCACCAGCGCCCCAGAGCCUACUGAGAGCGAGUCGCCAACCUCCUCGCGCCCCGUUAUCCCAACCGGCACCAGCGAGACUCCCUCUGGCACUCCCCCAGCCAGCUCCUCCCCUGCCCCCCCGGAGUUCACUGGCGGUGCGAACUCCCACCUCGCUGGCGGCGCUGCUGCUGUUCUCGGCGGCCUGGGAAUAAUUGGCAAUCUUGUCCUCUAG